AUCAAAAAAACCCUCAAAAUCCGCAACUGCCGUGCCGACAUUCAGAAAACCCUAUAAGUAUUAUAUACAUGUCACUAGAUCACAACGAUCACAAAUAUACCUACAGAGGCAUGUCAGCGCGAUAGCGAUAUUCUUGAUGUAUACUUUUUUUUUCUACUCAAACUUCACAAAUCAAAAUACUACCUAAAUGCGACCGUCAAGAUAACACUAAUAAAUAUUAAAAUAAAUCCAACAACAAAUCCAUUUCAAUGGCGACUCGUGUAUUACUACAUUUGGGUGAUGCAACGUCUAAAUGUGUUUUUUCAAAUGUGCAAUUUCAUCGGACAAAGUUACAAGUGCAAAGCAUACUGAAGCAGAGCAGAAACUUCCGAAGGAUCAGAAAUCCUGAGGAGACUGUAAGAUCGCCUUUUGCCAAUGUCGAAGUGCAACAUUCUGGACCAACUAACGGUUCGAAAAUAUGGAAGGGUAUCAUAUUUGCAACAGCGUUCAGUGGUGCCACAUAUGUAGGUGCAACUAUUUUGGAGUAUGAAAGAAUACGAGCAAACACAUUUAAAGGAUACAAAAAUUUUUAUUGGUCAUCCAAAGCAACUGUUAUAGGAUGGAGGGCGCAGACAAGAGAUUGGUGGAGUAACUUGAGCGAGGGUGAACGAAUGUGGUAUUUUAUUUGUUUUGCAAAUGUACUUGUAUUCCUGGCAUGGAGAAUACCAACAUGGCAACCAAUAAUGCUAAAAUAUUUUUCAACGAACCCAGCUUCCAGUGUAACUUGUCUACCAAUGGUUUUAUCCAUGUUUUCACACUACAAUCUGUGGCACUUGGCUGCAAAUAUGUAUGUACUACAUAGUUUCAGCGGAGCAGCAGUUUCUUACUUAGGCCGAGAACACUUUCUGGCAGUUUAUUUAUCAAGUGGCGUGAUUUCUAGUAUGUUUAGCAAUACAUAUAAAAUAUUGCUAAAAAGACAUGGAUUUUCAUUGGGAGCUUCCGGAGCCAUAAUGGGAAUUCUAGCUUUUAUUUGCACUCAGUUUCCUGACACAAAACUGAACAUUAUACUUUUACCACAACUUACGUUUAGUGCUGGAGCGGCUAUCAAAUCAAUAAUAGCAUUCGAUACAGCUGGCUGUGUCAUGGGUUGGCAAUUCUUUGAUCAUGCUGCCCAUUUGGGAGGUGCCUUCUUUGGAAUAUUGUGGCAGACUUGGGGCAUCGAUAAUAUUUGGCGGAAGCGUUCUCCUAUACUAAAGUAUUGGCAUGAAUUCCGAAACCCUCCUAAAGCUACUUAAUGAAAAUUUGAGUUUAGGUAAUUAAUUUAUCAAUUCAAAAAAAGAAAAAAUGAAAAGAAGAAAUUCUAUUCUAUGCUUGAUAUCUAUUUCUAUUUCAUUAAUUAUAUUAGUUGAUGGGUUGAAGAAAAAUUGUAAAGUUUUUUUAAAAUACAUUUGAUAUAUUUUCUUUUGUAUAAUCCAUAUGUGUGUAUAUAUAUAGAUAAUGCCAUUCUAUUUUAAACAGAAGCACAUGGUUGAAAGUAAUUUAAAAACUUUGAAUCAAACAUUGCUUAGCAUAUUGUAAAUAUAAAAUUAAGAUGAAUAACUUCACAAAUAAUUAUUACACAUCGUACCUUAACUUUUGAGAUAUUUAACAUGGUGUUUAAUGUGAUCUUCAAUGAAUGUUGCAAUGAAGAAAUAACUAUGAUCAUAUCCUUCUUGCAUUCUGACAACUAAGUGUAACGAUGCUGCAUCUUUUGCCGCUGCAAUCAAACUUUCAGGAUGAAGUUGAUCUUUAAGAAAACUGUCUGCUUUACCCUGUAACGUAAUUGUGUUCUUACUUCUUAAUAAUCAAAAUAAAAACAUCGAAAUCUUAACUUAUUAUAAAAAAAAAGAGUAUAUAACUAUUAACAUAAUAAUAAAGAAAAGUCAAAUAAGAAUAAAAGAUUAAUUUUUGCAGUACGUGAAGUAAAAAAUACAAAAUGAAGCAUUUAUUUCGUCAUCAAAUUAUAUUAUUAGUCAUGUAAAAAAACCAUGUUAAACCACAGGAUUGAUGUAUAAAUACCUGAUCAAUAAGAAUAUCCAGAGGCGGUCCAUUAUAUAUUUUUGUUAAUUCUGUAGCAUCCCACUGAUUCCAAUGACUAUCGCCUUCUUUACCACCCAAGUAACCAGCAAAAGCUUUUUGUCCCCAACCACAGUUUAUAGGAUUGUUGAUAGGUGCAAAUGCCGAAACUGAUUUAUACUGUCCAUGACAUUUCAAAGCACAGAUUAAAGCCCCAUGUCCACCCAUGCUAAAAUAAAAAUUUUAUUAAAAACUGUUUACAUUCUAUUGA